GCUGAUUCACAAAACCGCAUAACUCACACUGUAGUUUAGGUGCAUCGAGGUAAACAUCUUCGCAAAUUAUAUGCACACACAUUGUACAUAGAAACUUGUUUUGACUCGUAAGCAUUCUUCAACAGUUAUAUAAGUUCGUACCAACCACAGCGGCUAUAACCUUGAUAAUCGAAUCAAGGCAACUUCUAAUAAGUCUUUUAAAAACGAUCAUUGGUGUUAUAUAAGUGAAAUAACUCAACACGCGUUUGUAGAACUAUUACAUUUUACAUUUUAGACUGACAUCCCACACGGAGUGUACGUAUACACACACCGCGUACAAAUAGUAAAGGUUAUGUUGUUAUUAUUUACAUUUAUUACAUCUUAAACGUCUUCGAUACUCGAUAGGUGUGUGUAGACGGAGAUGACUAAUUUAAUGUUUCUAAUUUCUGUGAUUUUUGUUGAUAUUUUACGGUUCCAUUGCGUAAACGGUGAUAAUUUCAGUUUUAUUAGUUUGCCCGAUCAUCAUUUGCCGUAUUACUUUAAGCGUUUCCCGCAAACAGCCGCCCAAUGUUUAGAAAGUGAUGAGUGUCCAUACAGAAGUUUUCUAUUGACUCACAAUGUUCACAGUGAUGUGUGCUGGGGAUACGAAUACGACUGUUUGCCAGCGAAUGCAUUCAGUCAUCCCCAGUGUCCCGGCGAUUAUGCUGGCUAUGUACAAAGUAAACAAAAUCAAAUCGAUACAUUUUACACUCAAGCCGAUUUCGGCUACAUAAGAGAACAGUUGCUGGAAAUGCGAAUUAUGUGCGAGCCACUGUUUCCGCAUGAUUCAAUGUUAGAGUGUUCGAACUAUUUACGAUUCUGUCGGGCACGGAAUAUUAUGAUCGAUUUUACGGAUCUGAUCAAAAUUACGGAUCCGUUUCGGUACAAGACUGAUGUACUGAAACCUGGUCAAAUAGGUGGUUACUGCAAGUUGCAUCGAGAACGACUGCAAUCACAGCUGGACCAUCUUAGUGCAUUACAGAGUUGGGCCCCUGAGCUUCGUAACUUCCAAGAGUAUCCCGAACGGCCAGUCGAAGCAAACAAAUGCGAUCGAGUCAUCGAGAAGCCGACAUUUAUUAUGAAAAUCGAUGCAGGUGGCAACAUGUAUCACCAUUUCUGCGACUUCUUCAAUUUGUACAUGUCAAUGCACGGAAAUGCGUCCCAUCCAGACGCAUUUACCACCGAUGUCAACAUACUAAUAUGGGAAACGUACACCUACAGUUCCCCGUUCGGCGAAACUUUCAAGGCAUUCACACAAAAUCCGAUUUUGGAUUUAAAAUCGUUUCGCGGUGAAACGGUUUGCUUUCGGAAUUUAGUGCUGCCACUAUUGCCUCGUAUGAUUUUCGGGCUGUACUACAACACGCCGAUUGUGAGCGGAUGUCACAGUAGUGGACUGUUUCAAGCAUUUUCCGAUCACGUACUGCACCGAUUGCAGAUACCGUUAGAACGGCCAAAGAGUGACAAAAUACUUCGGAUAACAUUUCUUGCUAGGCGGACAAAGUAUCGUCAAAUUCUGAAUAUCGACGAAUUGGUCGGCGAAUUGGCGAAAGACGAUAACUUUCAGGUCCAAAACAUCUCGUAUGAAGGCAUACCAUUCUCACAACAAUUGGAAAUCACUCGCAACACGGACAUAUUCAUUGGUAUGCACGGAGCAGGUUUAACACAUCUACUAUUUCUGCCGAAAUGGGCAUCAUUGUUCGAACUAUACCAUUGCGAAGAUCCCGGAUGUUACAGUGAUUUGGCUAGACUUCGGGGUGUCCAUUAUCUCACUUGGGAAGACCAGUCGAAGCUGAUACAGGAAGACGAUGGUCAUCAUCCGGACGGAUCGCAUGCAAAAUUUACCAACUAUUCGUUUGACAAAGACGAAUUCAUGCGAUUGGUCAACGUUGCUGCUGAUUAUGUGCGAAAUCAUGUCGAUUAUCAAAAAUUUGUCGGUCAUAGUGAUGCGCAGCGUAUGCACGAAGAGCUUUGAGACGUGUUUUUGGAGCAGAGUGUAGCCCAAAUACCAAAAUAAUUGCAGAUCUGACGUCAGUGGCUAUGAUUUAUGGGAAAAAAAAACUUUGUAAAAUUGUAUGCAGCAAGUGCAGUUUUUGUUACCUCAACCUUCGUUAACUAUACUAAACAACGUGAUAUUUUCAAAUUAAUUUAAUUGAAAUAAAAACUGUCUGCGAGGCAA